AUGCUACAUAAACACAAUUUGCAAACCACUGGUGGAGCCCACAAGAGUCGUGGAGGCGGCAGCAGCAGCAGCAAAAGCUCCAUCUCAAAUAGCUACAAACUUUUGCCGGACGAUUUGCAGAAAGUGGCAUUAGAUGGCGAUCUUACGGGCCCCAAUAGUCACAGCAUUUUACACAACCAUUAUACGAUCCCACAAUCGGGAGUUCCAUCGGAAACGGUGUACGAAUUGGUGCAUAACGAAUUGACUCUGGACGGAAACCCACAUUUGAAUCUUGCCAGUUUUGUUAACACUUCAACAAGCGACGUGGCUCGUAGAUUGAUCCAGGAAAACGUGGCGAAAAACUUGGCAGACAACGAUGAGUAUCCGCAGCUAGUUGAAAUCACACAGCGGUGCAUUUCGAUGUUGUCGCAAUUGUGGAAGGCAGAUCCGGCAAAAGAGCCCCUAGGAUGUGCCACAACCGGGUCCAGUGAGGCGAUCAUGCUGGGCGGAUUGGCCAUGAAAAGACAAUGGGAACAGCGCAUGAAAAAGGCCGGCAAAUCCACCGAAAAACCCAACAUCAUCAUGUCAACGGCCGCUCAAGUGGCCCUCGAGAAAUUUGCACGUUACUUUGAUGUGGAAUGCCGGUUAGUCCCCGUCUCUCAAGAAUCGGGCUACCAUUUGGACCCCAAAAAACUGUGGGACCAUGUGGACGAGAACACCAUUGGUGUCUUUGUGAUUUUGGGUACAACCUUCACGGGCCAUUUGGAAAACGUUGAGGAAGUUGCGGACUGCUUGACGCAGAUCGAGAAGCAGAACCCGGAAUGGAGUAACGUCAGCAUUCCUAUUCACGUUGACGGAGCUUCCGGUGGUUUUGUGGUCCCAUUUGCAUUCACCGAAGAGCAGAUGAAGAACUAUAACCUAGGCCGUUGGGGCUUUAAUCAUCCUCGUGUGGUUAGUAUCAACACUUCAGGUCACAAGUUUGGUCUCACGACUGCAGGAUUGGGGUGGAUCUUGUGGAAGGAGAACGAAUAUUUGCUGCCCGAACUAAGGUUCAAGUUGGCUUAUUUGGGAGGAGUUGAAGAGACCUUCAACUUGAAUUUUUCAAGACCGGGAUUCCAGGUUAUUCACCAGUACUACAAUUUUCUGAACCUCGGUAUGAAAGGCUACAAAAAGCUAUUUGACACUUCACUUUUUGCCGCAAGAUUAUUUAGUUUGACACUUUUGGAAAGUGAGGAGUUCAAGGGCAACUUUGAAAUCGUUAGCAACAUUCACGAGAGAUUGGAUGGAGGCAAACCCACUUUGGCAGAUUUCUCGAAAAGUCCGGAACUCUUCAAACCAGGUGUUCCGCUUACCGCUUUCAAACUGUCGAAGCAAUUUCACGAAAAAUACCCAGAAAUCCCACAAGCAAUGCUAUCCUCUCUACUGAGAGCUAAGGGCUGGAUAGUGCCAAAUUAUCCUUUACCAGCUGCUACUGAUGGGACUGACAAGUGGGAAGUAUUGAGAGUGGUUUUCAGAUCAGAAAUGAGUCUUGAUUUGGUUCAGCUUUUCAUCCAUCACAUUUAUCUGGCUUUGGAGAAGCUCAUUACGUGUUACGAGAGCAUUCCAGAGACCCGCUCCGCAGACGAGAAGAAAGAUACGAUUUACAAUAUGCUGUUGGCGUUGGCGGCUCCAGAGAGUUCUGAAGAGGAGCAAGCUCAUAACGAGGAGAAGAAGAGAAAGAAUUACAGAGGUACGUGUUAA